AUGCGCCCUCUCUCAAACAAACCCCUACCAUCCUCCCUCCCAAUUAAACCAAGACAACUAUGCCGCCCAAUCCGCCAACAGCGAAGAUACACCCCCGAACCGAACAAAAAACCCCAUGAUCCCCAACCGCAUACACAACCACAAUCGCAGAAUCCCUCCUUCUCCUCCUCCCCACCACACCCCCAACCAUCCGGCACAGUCGCUUCCUCCGCCGGCGCGUCGCCGGCGCCGUUGCGCGCGCGCUCUCUGCGAGAGGUUAUAUAUGCGGGACCGCUGGGAAGACUUGGGCGGUCGUAUGCGCGGGUGCAGGAGCGGAGGCCGUAUGCGACGCAGUUGUGUAGCUCGGUGGUGGUUUAUUUGUGUGGGGAUCUGAGUGCGCAGGUGUUGUUUCCGUCGGAGCCGGUCAAGGGUAGGGAGAGUGAGAAUGCGGAGGGAGGAGGGUAUGAUCCGUGGAGGACGAUGAGGCAUUUGACGGUUGGGGUUGGGUCGAGUAUUCCUUCUUACAACUGGUUCAUGUUCCUCCACAACAACUUCAACUUCCCCUCAAAAUUCCUCUCCAUCCUCACUAAAGUCUGUGUCCAACAAGCCGUCUUCACCCCAGUCUUUAACACCUACUUCUUCUCCGUCCACUCGCUGCUCAGCGGCGCCUCGCUCGAAGAUACAUGGGAGCGAUUGAAGAAGGCGCUCCCCGUGAGUGUCACGAACAGCGUGAAGCUGUGGCCCGCUGUCACGGCGUUUAGCUUUAUGUAUGUGCCGCCGCAGUUCCGGAAUGUGUUCUCGGGGAUUAUAGCGGUGGGGUGGCAGACGUAUUUAUCUUGGUUGAAUCAGAAGGCUGCGAGGGAGGUCGAGGUUGCUGAGAUGGCUGCUGCUUCGGCUUCGGCUUCGGUUACGGUGGCGACGUGA